AAUAAUAAUAAAUGGACAACCGCACCAGACCAGACUGGACUACCAGGUCUAGUCUUGUAAAAUCCCAUUUCCUCCCCUUGCUUCCUUUUUCUCACCGGAAACCCCAUGGACCCACCGCCUCCCUCCUCCACGACGGGAGCUGCCACCACCCCCACUGUCAACGCCACCUCACAACCAUACCCUGACUCCGUCGAUUCCUCCCCUCGCUCUCGCCACACCGACUCCUGGGAUGAUCCCCCUCUUAACAACUCAAAAACUGCCGCCAACACCGCCGCGAAACUCCGCCUCAUGUGUAGCUACGGCGGCCACAUCGUCCCCCGUCCUCAUGAUAAGACGCUCUGUUAUGUUGGUGGUGAAACGCGGAUCAUUGUUGUCGAUCGUAACGUCACGCUCAUGUCUUUAACGUCACAUCUGUCACAGUCGUUACUUAACGGCCAGCCGUUUAUUUUGAAGUAUCAGCUCCCGUCUGAGGAUUUGGAUUCGUUGAUCUCUGUUACGACGGAUGAAGACCUUGAGAAUAUGAUCGAGGAGUAUGAGCGUACGACGUCGAAUUAUCAGAAGCCUUGUAGGUUGCGUUUGUUUUUGUUUCAAAAUUACAAGCUCGAGUCCUCUGAAUCGCAAUCGAUUCUCGACGGUUCUACCAAGUCCGAUGAGUGGUUUUUGAACGCGCUGAAUGGCGCGUGUGGGGAUUUGAAUCGGGGGUUUUCGGACUCAGCUUCAGUGAAUUGUUUGUUAGGCCUUGAUGAUGAGAUUGUCACAGCGGCCGCUGGCGGUGGUGGCGCUGGAGUGGUGAAGAAACCCCAAGAUGUGCAGUCGGUGCCGGAUUCCCCGAUGAUGGAAACGGCGUCGUCUUUUGGGUCUAGUUCUUCAUCACCUUCGUUGGCCAAUUUGCCGCCGAUAAGAGUUCAUGUUGAGGAGAGUGUUAAAGGUAAUAGUGAUAAGGCGGUUCAAGAUCAGAAACAAAUGGUGGGGGUUGAAGAGCAAUUUGGGCAGUUGAAUGUUGUUGGUGGUGGUGUUUCAAAGCUGGUGGAAGAAGGGUUUGUUGUGUUGUCGUCUCCGCCGCCACCUCCGCCUCAGACCACCGUUGGAAUAAGUGGGGUGGUGGUUUCCGGCGAUUAUAUUAAUAGGGUCAUUUCUGAUGAUGAGAGAUCGGAUCAUGGUGUGCCUGUUGUGUAUAGAAAAGCGCCAGCUCAGCCACAGUCACAGCCACAGAAGACAAGCGGCGGCAGCGGCGGUGCUGGUUUCGAUUUGCCCUCCCCAGAUUCAGUUUCAAGUGAUAGUAGUCUUACAAAUGCUGUAUCUCGUCAAAAGCCUGGAAUUUAUCAAGACCCUGUCAUGCAAAUGCAAUCUGGCGCUACUGGGGUUCCUGUUAUUCCUGUUGAUGCAAAGAUCAAUCUCUCUGAUCCGAAUGCCAGUAAACUAGUCAAUGUACAGCAAGUUCAGGAUUCCGCAUCUGGGUAUGUAUUGCAACAAGCUCAACUUGAACAACAUCAGCAACUGCUGCACCACCUACAACAACAGCAGCAACAAUUUAUUCAGCCUGGUGCACACUAUAUUCAGCAACAUCAGGUUGGAGCUGUGCCCAUUUCACAUUAUUAUACUGUGUAUCCAUCACAACAGCAACAACAACAUCAGCAGUAUCCUGUGUACUAUGUUCCUGCUAAACAGCCGCAGGCUGCUUAUAAUAUGUCUGUUCAACAACCUAAUGCUAUCAGUGAGGCGCCCACAAGUGUUCCCUCUAGCCGACCUCCUCCCUCAGCUUAUAACCCAAUGAUAAAUGCACAUAUGGGUAAACCUGAAAUGGUUGCUGCGGGUGUGUACAGAACAGCAACAACAGGCACUCCUCAGUUGGUCCAAGUGCCUGCUAUUCAGCAGCAACAGCCUUAUGUCGGUUAUGCACAGAUUCAUCAUCCGUCGCAGUCUGUUACUGCACCCACUUCUGCAGUGGCAACUGCUAAUUAUGGUUAUGAAUUUGCUGAUCCUUCUCAUGCACAGAUGUACUACACUCAGCCUAUGGCUCCCACAAUGACUUCUCAGUACCAAACUAUGGCAGGAACUGCUGUUGUAGUGUUGCCCAAUGCUUCUGCGCAGCUUUCGGCUGAGAAUAUCAAGCAACACCAGAUCAGAACUUCACAGCCUCUAUAAAUUCAUUCAAGAAAGAAGAAACAAUUUUGAAGGAAGGGUUCAGUUUAUAUACUUUUGAAGUUUUCUUGUUUAGUGUUCUUAUUAUUGCUGGUAUUGGUUUGUAGAAUGUGUUUGUGAUUAGACAAUAAGGAACUGUGGAUUUGUUUACUCUUUCUUGUAUUUUCGUGUCUCAUAGGAAAUGAUAGUGGUCUGAGAUUAUACUUUGUAAAACUUCAAAACUUAAAUAUCCUGUUGCUUUGUGCAGUCCGUAUAUCAUUUACUGAAUAAUAAUUUUUGAAGUUGCUAGGA